UGUGUUCCAGGUUACAGGACCUAACCAUCUGUAACCCAGAGAGGACCAUCACAGUGAAGGGCAGUAUGGAGGCGUGCUGUAAGGCUGAGGGGGAGGUCAUGAGGAAACUGAGGGACGCCUACGAGAACGACAUCGCUGCUGUUAACCAACAAACCAACCUUAUCCCGGGGCUGAACCUGAACGCUCUGGGAAUCUUCUCCACCGGUUUGUCUGUUUUACCGCCAGCAACAGGCCCCCGAGGAGCACACCCCUUCCUAUGUCCCUCUUCGCAUCUUGGUGCUUUAUAUGGGGUUCCACCAGCCAGUGCCAUACAGUGCCAGCACUCGCAGUCCCCAGAGCAGGAGGUGGUGUAUCUCUUAAUCCCAACCCCUGUAGGGGCCCUGAUCGGGAAGAAGGGGCAGCACAUCAAACAGCUAGCACGCUUCGCUGGGGCCUCCAUCAAGAUCGCCCCAGCAGACCCUGGCGUCACUGAGAGGAUGGUCAUCAACACCGGACCUCCAGCAGCUCAGUUUAAGGCCCAGGGCAGGAUAUUUGGGAAGCUGAAAGAGGAGAACUUCUUCACAGCGAGGGACGAAGUGAAGCUAGAGACACAUAUCAAAGUUCCCUCGAAUGCAGCGGGACGCAUCAUCGGCAAGGGGGGCAAAACCGUCAAUGAGCUGCAGAAUCUGACCAGUGCGGAGGUCAUCGUGCCACGAGACCAAACGCCAGACGAGAACGAUGAGGUCUUCGUAAAGAUCAGCGGCCAUUUCUUCGCCAGUCAGUCUGCUCAGAGGAAGAUCCGUGAGAUCAUCCAGCAGGUGAAACAGCAGGAACAGAAACACCAGCAGCAGGGAGCUCCCAGCAUGCACCACUCUAAGUGACCAGCAGGUAGAGCGGGGCGGCUCCCUCCCUCUCUCUCUCCAGCGGGCACAAGCCAAUGAAUGUAGCCCUCCCACCUGGACGGACGACCAGACCAGCCAAUGGGACAAGGCAAAGCAGAACAGCAGACCAGGAACAAAACCAAAGAACUUAAUUGAUCGGGGGAAAAGUGAUGAGAGUCAAAGGCUUGGGGCAUUACAGCACAGAGCGGAGAGAGAGGACGGGGAGAGGAGAAAUCUAACGGAAAUGUUAAAAUACAACACAUAUAUAAAAAAACAAGAUUAAGGAGGAUGGAAGCAGGCUAACUAACAUACAGUAGGCCUAACAAACAGACCAAAUCAAAACAGACAUGAUGGCAUUGUGAAGGUAGUUCUCUAGUUCAGUAGAAUGAUGGUGUGAUUCAGGGAGAAGGACUCUGUCAGAGACGCUUGUGGUUCACAUUAAUAAUAGAAGUCAGUAUCCUUAACAGUAUUAAGACAGAGUAGAACACAUGGUGCCUUCCAAGUGGCACCCUAUUCCCUACAUAGUGCACUACUGUUGACCAAAGCACUGUAGACAUACACUGGUAUACACUAAACUAUGGACUGUUAUUCGGUUACACAGCAGAUGGAAUGACAGUGCAUGUUGUAGCUUAGUAUCUAACAAAACUGGAUAUUUCCUAGAUUGAAAUGAACUUUCAGUAAAAAGGGGAACUUUAGACCAGGGCCCAAUAGGCCCUGUAUAUGGGAUAAGGGGAAAAGUGUCAACGGCAGUGUCAACAACGGUGUCAACGGCAGUGUCAACGGCAGUGUCAACAACGGUGUCAACAACAGCGUCAACGGCAGGUAGUGAUGCCUCUUCGACUCAGAUCUUUAGUUGUUUGCAUUUUAAGGUCAAAGAAAUAUCCAACAAAAAAGACAAACAAGAAAACAUAUUGUUCUGAAUCUUUGGAGGUGGGCUAAGGACAUCCCCGCCGCCGGGGGCUAAGGACGUCCCCGCCGCCGGGGGCUAAAGACGUCCCCGCCGCCGGGGGCUAAAGACGUCCCCGCCGCCGGGGGCUAAGGACGUCCCCGCCGCCAGGGGCUAAGGACGUCCCCGCCGCCAGGGGCUAAAGACAUCCCCGCCGCCAGGGGCUAAAGACAUCCCCGCCGCCAGGGGCUAAAGACAUCCACGCCGCCAGGGGCUAAGGACAUCCACGCCGCCAGGGGCUAAAGACAUCCACGCCGCCAGGGGCUAAGGACGUCCCCGCCGCCAGGGGCUAAAGACAUCCCCGCCGCCAGGGGCUAAGGACGUCCCCGCCGC